AGAGCGGCGCUUUGGCACGCGAUGCCUAAAUCGGUCACUGCGCUCCGGAACUGACGGGUCAUUUGAAUCAAAAAUCAAGUUUCAAGCGAAGCAGGGACGGACGGAGCCGCGGAGCGCCUCACUGUUAGCGCUGGCCGGGAAUCAUGUUUGCGGAGCGGGAAGACUCCAGAGAUGCUGUCAGGAAGAGUCUGGCCUCUGGGUGUUUGGCGCUCCUUUGUGUCCUUUACGUCGACGGCCAAGAGGGAAAUGGCUGUGGCUACACGCUGCUGGGUGCAGAGUCUGGCACCCUAUCAUCCCAGAACUACCCUGGCACCUACCCAAGUAACAUCUGGUGCAGGUGGAGGCUCCGGGUGCCAGAGGGGCGGACGCUGCAACUGCUGUUUGGAGACUUCGACGUGGAGACCAGUCCUGCCUGCAGCAACGGCUCACUCGUCAUCUCAGACAAGAAGGGGGAACUCAAAAUGGGUCCGCUGUGCGGGAGGCUCCAUGCAACACCACAGAACGUGACGCUUGACAGCAACGAGGCGACGGUGACGUUCCGGUCCGGCCCACACCGCUCAGGACGCGGCUUCCUAAUCUCAUAUGCAACAGACCUCCACCCAGACCUGAUCUCAUGUUUACAACGAGGAUCUCAUUUUAGCUCUCAGCACUUGAGCAUGUACUGCCCUGCUGGAUGCAAGAGCGUCACGGGGGACGUCUGGGGGAACUCUGAGCUGGGCUACAGAGAUACUUCUGUGCUGUGCAAGUCUGCAGUGCACGCCGGAGCCACGUCUGACAGCGUGGGGGGUCGCAUCGCUGUCACUCGAGGGAGGAGUCUAACGCUCUAUGAAUCUGCUUUCUCCAACGGGAUCCUUUCUAAGAUGGGCUCGCUGUCUGAGAAGAAGCUGCUUUUCAUCCAAGAAUGUAACAGCAUCCUGCCUGUCUCUGGGCUCAAUGCCUCGUCUUUCUGGGACAAAGACGGUCAAAAGCACAGAACGUUCCCAUCCUCCACAAACAUGGACGUCCUGCUCUGGACGGCAGACAGCAGCGAUCCCAACCCUUGGCUGGAAAUAGAGCUCCUUGACAGAAGCAAUGUCACAGGAAUAAUAACUACAGGCUUACCGGAGUCCUACAUUGAGUCUUUCAGCCUCUAUUUUAGCAAGGACAGAAGGAACUGGAAGCCCUACAGGGGGGGUCUAAGCAGGGACAAAAAGGUGUUUCUGGCCUACACAGAAGGCCACCUUCGGGUGCUCAACAGCCUGUUUCCAGCCAUGGUAGCUCGGUUUGUGCGGCUGCAGCCAAUACACUGGAGGGGGGGAGCAUCAGCAAAGAUCCAGGUCAUGGGCUGUCAGACUACUAAGACAGCUUCAAGGAGACGCACACCUGAGGCAGAAUCUCCACCCGUCAAAGUGACCAUGGAAACCAAGCAGCCGCACUCGACCCCCAGUCCCUCUGAAGCCGCCGUCAUCAUGGAAACAACACAAAGCUCCAGGCUCCACCUCAUGGUGGUGGUGGUGGGAGUGGUGCUAGGACUCGUCGUGUGUGGAAGCUUCAUGGUGGCUGGCGUUUGGUUCAAAAGAAGGAAAAAAGACUCCCAGAUGAAGUUCACCACACCCUCAGGCUGUCAGAGCAUCAAGAGUCUCUCCUGUCCAGCAUCAGAGCUGGUCUACCCGCUGCAGAGAAAUGUCCAUGAUGCUCUUCCUGCUCCUCCUCUAAACGACUAUGCAGCUGUUGGACACAGACUGGGUUCAACGUUUCGACCGUCUUCUGGAAAAGACUACUCCGCCCCUUUGGCCAGCGUCCACUACGACACUCCCGCCAGCCUCCCAGAGUAUGCCGAGCCGCUUCCUCCAGAGCCGGAAUACGCCACUCCCUUCAGCGAGCUGUCCCCCGAGGCUGGCCACGGACCCCCCGUCCCGUCUGCAGGUGUGAGGGCAGCCCCCAGCCACAGACAGUAUGACUGCCCCUCACACUGCCUGCUCUUCAAUGGUUACUGCACUCCUGCUGCAAAUGCCAACGGUCCUCCCCCCACCAGGAAGGUGUAUGCAGAACCCAAAGCAAGUGACGAUUUACUCCACAAACACACAUACGAGGAGCCUUUGUGAGCUACUACUGAUGGACAUCUGACCGGACUGUGCGGUCCACUGCUGCUGACCUGACAGUGUCUCAUGUGUCCACUCACUGAUGGAUGGCGUCACUCAGCACUGAAUUAUCUGGAGCCACAUGGACUUCUGAUUACUAAAAAAAACAAGAA